UAUAUCGAUCGGAAAUUUAGAUCCUUUUCUUUCGUCACUGCAUUUGAUUAGUGUUUUGGCUAACCCAUGAUAUCGUGGUGUAAUAACCUGAAGAUGAAGCACUCAAAACGAGCUCGUUCGCCACAUCUUACUUUUUAUGUCUUCUCUCAUAAUUCUCGUUAAGCCGAAUAAAUUUUAUCAAACACGUGUCCGACUGCUUGACCGGUUACUUUUAAUUCAGAGUGAGUGCCAUACCAUUGGCUUGAACUUGAAAUCACCAAUCGUACAACAGCAACAACCACACGUAGAAGAUGCGUCCGAUUUGGAGCUGGAAGCAUCCGUUAUCCCCGAUACUGGUGAAAACCCGCUAAAUGCGGACAAGCAACCCGAGGUUCAUCGAUUCUUGACAACUACUGGCGCCUGUUGCACAAAGAAUAUUCGUUGCUUCUCCAUUCCUUUAUCGAAUGGAUCCAUGGAUAAAAAUACUCUUGCCGGUUGGCACUUGUUCUUCACUUGGCUACGCACUCCUGAGUCCUAUGAGUUUGGCGAAGAGGGAUGGAGCAGCGUGGGUGCGCCCAUCGGCAGUCUUUCGGGCGUUUAUGAUCUGGUCAGAGUACGUUUGGUCUACGUGCUUCGGCGGGAAGCUGGAUUCGCGGUGAAAGAUAAAGCAGACGAACUGCGUACGUUUGUCGUCAGCAGCGACUCAACGGAGCGUUUUCAAGCACGUGUUGGAGAUUAUUACGAAUGCACAUCGGGCACAGACAUUGUGAUGACUGGAGAGAACUUGACCCACACCAACAAAUUCAGCGAAUACAACCUCACCCAGUUGUAUUCUCUUGAUCCGACUUGGAAACCGGGCUUACGAGUGAUUUUGUCGCUCACAGAUGUGAAGGCUCAGGCUUUUGCGGAUCUGAAUUUGCCAGAGUUUACAGGAGUCGGUGAGUUAUGA